AUGGUGGAAUACGAGAUUUCCCUCCAGUACCUCUCUGGGGGCAAAUGGUAUCACACCUGUGGGGGGACCCUCAUCAGACAGAACUGGGUGAUGACAGCUGCUCACUGUGUGGACCGCAAAAUGACCUUCCGUGUGGUGGCUGGAGAGCACAACCUGAGCCAGAACGAUGGCACCGAGCAGCGUGUGAGUGUGCAGAAGAUCGUGGUGCAUCCCUACUGGAACAGCAAUAACGUGGCCGCCGGCUAUGACAUUGCCCUGCUGCGCCUGGCCCAGAGAGUUACCCUCAACAACUAUGUGCAGCUGGGUGUCCUGCCAGCGGCGGGAACCAUCCUGGCCAACAACAGUCCCUGCUACAUCACAGGCUGGGGCAUGACCAAGACCAACGGGCAGCUGGCCCAGGCCCUGCAGCAGGCUUACCUGCCCAGUGUGGACUACGCCACCUGCUCCAGUUCCAGCUACUGGGGCUCCACCGUGAAGAGCACCAUGGUAUGCGCUGGAGGAGACGGAAUUCGCUCUGGAUGCCAGGGUGAUUCUGGGGGCCCUCUCCAUUGCCUUGUGAACGGCAAGUAUGCUGUCCAUGGAGUGACCAGUUUCGUGUCCAGUCUGGGCUGUAACGUCUCCAGGAAGCCCACAGUCUUCACACGGGUCUCUGCUUACAUCUCCUGGAUCAGUAAUGUCAUUGCUUCCAACUGAACGUCUUCCCGAAUCCCAUGGCCUUCCCAAGAUGAUGCUUAGACCCAGGAAAGGACUUGAGGCCAUCAAGGAAAAAAAACAUUCUGAGAGGCCAUUGAGCCAGAUCCAGAAAAGCAAAUAAAACUGAAUAUG